AUGAUGUCAGAACAGGAUUUGGCAGAUGUUGUUCAGAUUGCUGUUGAAGACCUGACUCCAGAUAACCCAGUUGUGUUGGAGAAUCAUGAAGUGACAGAUGAUGAUGUAGAACCUGCGCUGAAACGCCAACGUAUAGAAAUUAACUGCCAGGAUCCCUCUAUUAAGACAAUAUGCCUGCGGUUGGAUAGCAUUGAGGCAAAGUUGCUGGCACUAGAGGCUACCUGUAAAUCAUUGGAAGAGAAGUUGGAUCUUGUCAUGAACAAACAACACAGCCCCAUCCAAGUCCCCAUGGUGGCAGGUUCUCCUCUUGGCGCUACACAGACAUGCAAUAAAGUACGAUGUGUUGUCCCUCAGACAACAGUAAUACUGAACAAUGACCGGCAGAAUUCAAUUGUAGCCAAGAUGGUUGGGCAGGAAGAGCCUCUGAGCAGAGCAGCGGAUUCUCUGGAAAAUAUCCUUAGCAAUGCUGUUCCUGGACGUAGGCAGAACACCAUAGUGGUGAAAGUUCCUGGGCAUGACGACAGUCACAAUGAAGAUGGAGAGAGUGGCUCUGAGGCCAGUGACUCAGUUUCCAACAGUGGACAAAUAGGAAGCCAAAGUAUUGGGAACAACGUCACCCUUAUUACGCUGAACUCUGAAGAGGAUUACCCCAAUGGGACAUGGCUUGGAGAUGAAAAUAACCCUGAGAUGCGGGUGCGUUGCCCCAUCACGCCUGCUGACAUGCUGCACAUCAGCACGAACUGCCGCACAGCCGAGAAGAUGGCGCUGACAUUGCUUGAUUAUCUCUUCCAUCGGGAAAUUCAGGCCAUUUCCAACCUCUCAGGCCAGGGGAAGCAUGGGAAGAAGCAACUUGAUCCUCUCAUGAUUUAUGGAAUUCGCUGUCACCUAUUUUACAAAUUCGGGAUCACAGAAUCUGACUGGUACAGAAUCAAGCAAAGCAUAGACUCCAAAUGCCGAACAGCUUGGAGGCGGAAACAGCGAGGGCAGAGUCUUGCUGUGAAAAGCUUUUCAAGACGAACACCUUCAUCAUCAUCUUACAGUGGUUCAGAGGGUUCGCAGAGUUCAGUUACAGCUUCUAAUGAGAUCCAGCAGAACCAACCCCAAGCACUACACUAUGCACUAGCCAACGCUCAGCAGGUUCAGAUCCACCAAAUAGGAGAAGAUGGACAAGUCCAAGUAGGCCAUCUCCACAUAGCCCAGGUUCCUCAAGGCGAGCAAGUCCAAAUCACGCAGGACAGUGAGGGAAACCUGCAGAUACAUCAAGUUCAUGUGGGUCAAGAUGGGCAG